GACCCAAAGCCGCGGAGAAUGGCGACCUCCAGUCGGGAGGAAAUCCCCGAUCGAGUGGCUUUGAAGAAGGAGAUCGGACUGACGAGCGCCUGUGCCCUGAUAGUGGGUAACAUCAUAGGCUCCGGAAUCUUCAUCUCACCGAAAGGAGUUCUGGAGCAUUCGGGCUCGGUGGGGCUGGCGCUGCUGGUGUGGCUGCUGGCUGGUGUCAUCACGGGGGUGGGGUCACUGUGCUAUGCCGAGCUGGGGGUGACCAUCCCCAGGUCAGGGGGUGAUUACGCUUACGUCAAACACGUCUUCGGUGGCAUUCCUGGGUUCCUGGUGCUAUGGAGUGCGCUGCUGGUGAUUUACCCCACCACCCAAGCCGUCAUGGCUCUCACCUUCUCCAGCUACGUUCUGCAGCCCGUCUUCCCCGCCUGCAUCCCUCCGUACAUUGCUUCAAGACUGCUCGCCGCCGCCUGCCUGGUGCUGCUGACCUGGGUAAAUUGUUCCAGUGUCCGGUGGGUUACUCGCGUCCAAGACUUCUUCACAGCCGGCAAGCUCCUCGCACUUGGACUCAUCAUUGUUCUCGGCCUGGGGGAGAUCUGCAAAGGUCAUUAUGAAGCCUUGAAACCCAGCAAUGCAUUUGACAGUCAGAUCCCCAGCAUCGGCCAUGUGGCACUGGCCUUCCUACAAGGCUCCUUCUCCUACAGCGGCUGGAACUUCCUCAACUACGUCACAGAGGAACUGGUCGAUCCUUAUAGGAACAUUCCUCGUGCCAUAUUUAUCUCCAUCCCAAUGGUAACGUUUCUCUACGUCUUCUCUAACGUGGCUUAUGUGAGCGCCCUGACCCCUGGUGAGCUACUGGCCUCGGGCGCUGUGGCUGUGACAUUCGGGGAGAAGCUGCUGACAUCCAUGCCCUGGAUCAUGCCCAUCUCAGUCGCCCUCUCAACCUUCGGCGGCAUCAAUGGCUACUUGUUCACAUCAUCACGGUUGUGUUACGCAGGUGCUCGCGAAGGGGAUUUACCUGGGCUGCUGGCAAUGAUCCACAUGAAGCGAUGUACUCCAAUCCCAGCCCUGCUCUGCUCUUGCCUGACCUCACUGAUGAUGCUGAUCAUCGCUGACAUCUACACCCUGAUUAACUAUGUGGUCUUUAUUAACUACCUGUGCUACGGGGUCACCGUGGCUGCCAUGCUCCUGCUACGCUGGAAGGAGCCACAUAUUGCAAGACCCAUUAAGGUAAACCUGCUGUUCCCAAUCAUUUACCUCCUGUUCUGGGCAUUCCUCCUGGUCUUCAGUCUAUACUCAGAGCCUGUAGUGUGUGGCACUGCCCUGAUCAUCAUACUGACCGGUGUUCCUGUCUAUCUCCUGGCUGUCCACUGCAACAAGAAGCCAAAAUACUUUGACAAGUUCAUAGAAUCAACAACAAUAGCUGGACAGAAAUUAUGUUUUGUUGUUUACCCACAAGAGGCAUCCCCGGACCGUAAUGGGAAAUCCCCAGACCAUAACGGGAAGUCAGUGGAUCAUAACGGGAAGUGUCAGGAUGCUCGGCUGCUCCGAGCAGGUGCUGCACAAGGCAGGAGAAUUGGCAAUGAGCUGGCCCCAGGGGAUGGCCAUGGAUUGCUAACGUUCUCCCGAGUUUAAACGCAUGCUCUUGGGAAGGACCUGUUUUUUUUUUCCUGUGUUGCCAUUAGGGACAGUCGAUAGAAUCCAGUAGAAAUGAGGAACAGUCCACCACGAUCCGACUUAUUAUAUAAACAGGCUGUCGCCAUUUAGUGGCAGAGGAGUGACACGCGCUCUCAACCAUUCCAGUUUUGGACACCCCUUUGUGAGUUUCUUCAGUCAACACUCGGUCACUCACAUACGUCUGGUCCAGAGCAAUCAGCAGCACACAAGGUCACCAGAGAUCAAGUGGAGGCAGUAUCCUGCCCCCUUCAAUGCCUCUAGCUUCAUGUUGCAUUGGCCUCAGAUACACAGUGAAAUUCUGGGCCCUGUGUGUGCCCCACACUUGAUGAGUGGCAUAGAGCAGCGCCCUCUGCAAGAGAGAGUGAAGACAGCAAUACCUUUCACCCAGGAAAUCCCUGGAUUCCGUCCAAUAUUUCCAAGUUCUUCAAAGAGAGAACACUAUGUUUGAGGGGAAAGUGAUCCAACAUGCUA